AUGGACGAACGAAUCAAAAUUGAAUACCGCUUGCUUAAGCAUCGCCAGCGCGUCAACAUCAUCGCAGCGAAGGCCAGAAGACUCGCUCAAGACGGUAUAAAGUACCGAAUCUAUCACAAGACUACCAACAGCACUCGCUCCAGCACUCGCAAGCCAGAAGCGAUCAUCAACAUCAGUGGACUGGAUCACAUCAUCAGUAUCGAUAAGCGCCGACGUCGCGCUGGCGUCGAACCCAACCACGGCCUCAUUCCCACAGUUGUCCCUGAGUUCACCGGCAUCACCGUCGGCGGUGCAUUUUCCGACACUGCGCUCGAGAGUUCCUCAUUCCGAUACGGUCACAUCGAAAAGUGUGUCACUUCUGUCGAGAAGUUGGACCUCUUCAGUAGUCUCUCUGGUGCUUGUGGUACCCUCGGUAUCUGCACGAUUAUCGAAAUCAAGCUUGUUCCAGCUCGUCAAUUCGUCGAGAUCAAGUACCUGUCAGUCCAUUCCGCAGCCGAAGCUCUCAACUCCAUCAAGGACUACACCGCCACCACCUCGUUCGUUGAUUUCGUCGACGUUAUAAUGUUUGGCCCCAACGACGGCGCCGUAAUUAUUGGCACCAUGACUGAUGAGAAGAAGUUGGGCAUGCCCGUCGCUCGGUUCAGCCGAGCUCAUGGCCCGUGGUUCGCUCUUCAUGUGCACGACAUCAUCACCGAACUGGUGCUGAUCAAGGAUUAUCUCUUCCGAUACGACCGAGCCGCAUUCUGGACGGGAAUGUAUGGCCGCAAUCCCAAUGUCUUCAACGGUGCGAAGUCCUUGUACGCUGGUCUUCACCACAGUGGCCAGGGCCAGUCCUUUUUCAUUCAGUACAUCACGCUUCCGGAGAAUACUGUGGGAGCCUUCAUCAACUGGACUAACCAGAAAGCCGCAACCGACAGCAGUCCCCGCAGCAAUCGUCACAGUAUCCCCGAUAUGCUCGUCAAUGUAGGUGUAUGGGGUCUCAAGACCAUCCGCGGGCUCGAUGACAUCCCGGGCCGUGACGGCGCCGAGGCCUUUCAAGAGUUUUUGCGGGAUAACAUAGCCAUCGAGCAGGUGACUCGCGACCUGGGUGGUACCAAGAUGCUCUAUGCCACCAAUUACUACAUGGAGGAGGAGUUCUGGAGAAUUCACAACAAGGAGGCGCACGAUGAGCUUCGAGACAAGUGGGGUGCCGCCGGUCUCCCCAGCCUCUGGGAAAAGCUCAGCAAUCCCAAUCUGACCUAUAAGGAGAAAAGCUCUCGGUUCAAGGUCGUCAUGAAGACCCUCCUGAAGUGA